UAUCUGGGCCUCGGCUGUGUGUAAGGUAUCCCGUACAUAUACAGUGUACGUCACUACAUAAGUCAUUGACUGUUUCUUUGAAUUGACCGUGUGUCUGGCGGGUCCUCACUCAGCUUCAAGUCGAUGUACGUCAGUAUACCAACACAGACUUAAACUUCAGGAACCGCUAUGCCAAUCCUACAUAUCCAAGACUGGGAUAAGCAGUUUGUUGGACUGCAGUUGCCAGAAGGUCCUACCCAUGAAAAACCAAGAUGUGCUGAUCUAGAGUUAGACUGGCUACGGUGUGCUGAGGGUCUAGGGUGGAAACGAGCUCAGAAAGAAUGCAAAUCAGAGUUGGAAGACUUCUGGGAGUGUGCUCAAGGUACAAAGAAGAUGGCAAGAUUCAAGACAAUCUUGAAGCAAAGGAAAAAGCUGAUAGAUGAAGGCAAAUACACUCCGCCUGCUGAGCAUCGAUAGUUCAACACUGAAACUUGAAGCAAAUAUUAUACUAAUAUGCUUCAAAAAUGCAUUAAUUGCAAAGUUCGUGUAGGUGGCUUUACAUACAAAAACGUAUUUGUAUGCAUGUAUAUAACACUUUGUCAUGACUGUGUAAUUUAUGUUCAAUCAUAAUAUUGUCCUUGGGAUGCCUUUGAUAAUACAUGUAUUUACCAUCUGCUUCUGAACUGCUGCAUUCAACAACCUCAAAAUGCAGAUUUUGUUUGCCCGGUAUUGGUGGAUAUCUUUCAACUUAGGGAUUUGAGUUGGCCAUGUACAGAUAGUUUUUAUGGUCUGUAGGCUUUUAUCUACAAUGCAGCUUGGCUUGCCCAACAUUUUGUAAGAAUUGUGAAAGUCCUUUCCUGCACUCUUUCCCAUGUGCUUGAACAAGAACAAUACCUUCAUAUUACUUUUGGCUUAAUUCAUCAUUCAACUAACUCUUAAAGCAAAUUUAUAAUACUGCUUUGUGAUUUGCAUACUUUCACACAUGAAAUGCUGUUUCACUAUUGAAGACAGAUGUUCAUUAAACAAGUUCUAAACUGUGAAUGUUCAACCAUG